AUGACAUUGUCGAACUGUCUUUUAAGUGAAUCUGCAAAGUUUCUUUUUGAUAUUCCGUCGAUUGAAAUUGCAUCAACUCUUCGUAAACUAGAUUUACGAAUUCAUAGAAAUGCUGAAAAGAGGUUAUUUCAUAUAACUAAACUGAUUAAUCAAUUUUAUAACCUUACCAUGAAUGAGAAUGAAAUACAAUGUCAUCUUGAUAACUGGGAUUAUCUGGCACCACCGUUCAAUGACAAUAUUAUUGGUAUGACCGACACUCAAAUUACAUGUAAUAUAAAACAAUAUAUGCUCGAAUUUCCAAAUAAUCAUAUAUGUUCGUUAUUGAAUUCGAAUCAUCUUCAAGUGGUACAUUGUAUUAUAGGAAGUGUGGGGUUUGCAACAUUAAGUAUUAUUAUAACUAUUAUGAAAAUAGAUGGAGAUAAAUUUUGUAUGAUAAACAGUGAUUCCACAUUUAUUUGUUUCUUCUCGAAUAUUGCUUACGACGUGAAACUCUUGUAUCAUCUUGAUAAUGAUAUACUGUUCAAAUACUGUGGCUUUUCGAAUUAUACAAAUGCAUAUAAUAUGUAUUGUGAAGCGGCUGGAAUAGUAAAUCAUAAGUUAAUGGACCGAUUUCAUGUGGAGAUAACAUGGUUUUUAUGGAGAUUAUGCAAAUUCUUUGGUAUGGAUGUGAAGAUUAAAGUGCCAUUUGAAAAAGAUUUUGAUAAAGAAGUUUUGUCGUUACAAAAAGAUUGUCUUGAUCAUUUUAUCAGACGAUGGAGUUCAAAACGUCAUCAAUCAUAUUGCAAUGAAGACUGUUGUAAGUUGCUGGUGCUUGAUGGACAUCAAAAAGCAACCAGACGGGUUUGUGCCUACAAAACUGGUACAAUUCCAAACGAAGAGCUAGGAGCUAUCAAAGUUGGUUAUCCACAUUUACCGGCCUACAAGAAUACAUAUUGUUUGGAGCAUAUUGGCUUCAGAAAAUUCGAGGAGGAUUGCGUCACGAAUGCACGAAUACCACAAUCAUUGUUUUGA